AUGCGCGACGCGCGCGUCGUGACGACGCCCGCCGACGCGAAGCACGACUUCCCCGCGGGUAGCGCGCGCAAGGUCUUCCAGGACGUCCAGCUCGGCGAGGACUCCGCGGGGUCCACGGAGGUCGGCGGCGGCGGCGAGUCGAUGAUCUACCCCGAGUUCCUCGAGGCGCUGGGCGCCAUCGCCGUCUACAAGAACACGAACCCCUACAUCUCCCUCCAGGACAAGCUCGAGACCUUCCUCAGCCACGCGCAGACGGGCUUCGUCACGUGCCUCAACACGGCGAUCAAGAAGGACAAGCGCAAGCUCAAGCUCGCGACGUCCGCGGCGUCCGCGGCGAACAAGGCCUACGCGGCCCACGGCGGCCGCGCGGCCAUGGCCGUCAUCAAGCAGGAGAAGACGCCGCGGACGCCGGGCCGCGGCGCGCCGCUCCCGGCCGACGCGGGCCGCGCGACCGUCGCCGCGGCCAAGGCCGACGAGGGGUCCGUGACCAAGUCCGACGCCGACGACCGGCCCUGGGAGGACAUGGGCGACCGCGACCGCAUACGCUAG